UUCCUUCAAAUGCUUGAAGUGAUAGUGGAGCUUCUUCAGUUUGAAUUGCUGCAGAAUUUGCUCUGUUUCCUCUGAUUCAAUCAAGAAUUUUCUCGAGAAAACAAGAAUUCGUAAAGGGUCUUGUCGGAAUUCCAAAUUCGUGAGAUUCUGGAUUUGAGGGGAAUUAAUUAUGAGUCUUCUUUACAGUACGAAUUUCAAAUUCUCCAACGACGAGAUGAAGAAAUACCCUGAUUUCAUGGAUUGCGAUACGAACCCCAAUCAUCCUCCACAAGACCACCAUAAUUCUGGUGGUCUUCUGGGCUAUUGCUCUGCUCCCACCUCUCUCUUCGCGAGCCUCGUCGAUGGAGCUGAAGGUCUUAAUUCGAGCGAAAAUGGCGGCGGCGACGGUGGGGGGCGGGAAGAUUAUCGGCUUGUUCGAUCUUCAAGCCCUGAGGUGGAAGUUAUUUUGUCGAGAUUCAUGGCGUCGUGUAAUGGAACCGUCGAUUCGGGAUCUCAAGGGCUGGGGGAGACCGUGGUGAAGCAAGAAACUGUGGAAUCUAUUCACCAGCAAAAUGGAUAUCGCAAUCAAUCUUCUUCUUCUUCUUCUUCUUCAAUGGUUAAUUCUGCUGCUGGAGCUCGGAUUGGGAACUCGUUUAGUGUUAUGAAUUCGUCUGAUUUUGGGAACUCGAUGCAAUUGCAAUUGGGUGCGAGGAAUUGCUCUAAUCUUUUCAGGCAAAAUAGCUCUCCCGCUGGGUUUUUCUCCCAUUUGACUGCUGAAAAUGGCUGUAAUACGACGAGGGAUGUCGAAAAAUUCGGGACUUGCAAUCGAAAAGAUGCAGAUGCUGCUUAUCCAUUAACUACACGGAUUGGUAAUCAGUUGAACUUAUCUGGCCAAUCUUUUGGCUCAAGCCACAUGCCUCCCAUUGCAGAAGAGGAGAACAAAAGCAUGGAUGUGGUAAGUAGCUCUCAUCAUCGCAUACAGAAAGUCGAUCGACUUCACACCGACGAUUUCCUCAAUAGUUCUUGGGAUGAGUCUGCGAUGAGGGACUUAAAAAGAGGAAGAGAUAACAAUGGGCGCACGUUUUCAACUUCGAUCAUGCUUGAAACAAAGAAUACAGAUUCUCGAAAUAGCAUUCGCGGUUUGUCUCAUCAUUUGAGUUUACCUAUAAAUUUUGCUGAUAAGGCACCUGUGGAGAAUUUCUUGACAUUUCAAGAUCCUGUUCCUCAUCAAAUUCGGGCGAAAAGAGGAUGCGCCACGCACCCACGAAGCAUUGCAGAGCGGAUGAGAAGAACCCGAAUUAGCGAGCGAAUGAAGAAACUGCAAGAGUUGUUUCCUGACAUGGACAAGCAAACAAGCACGGCCGAUAUGUUAGAGUUAGCUGUUGAAUACAUUAAAGGCCUACAGAGAAAGGUCAAGACCCUCACGGAUACGAAAGCAAGAUGCACGUGUUUGUGUUCGAGUAAAUAGAAAGAAGCCAGAAAAAGAAAACCCCGUUUUUUAGCUUUACUUUUAUCUGUACAGACCACAGAUAAGCCAUGAGGAACAUGAAGAGCAACAACACAACAUUGUCUACUCUGUUUAAAGUUAUAGGAUUCUAGGAGAUUGUCUGUUUCAUAUAGGACUAUUGGAAGUAAAAGUUCAAUGUAAGAACCAAAUGAUGGAUCAUUCAUUCAACAAAAUCGAAUUGAAUAGUUUGCAUUUUUACAUGUAAAA